AACUAGUUUCCCAUCCGGUGAGAGAGAAGUUGAUUAGUUGAGCGAUUGCAGGUUGAUCAGGGUCUCGUAGCCUUCAGGGCUUUGGAAAGCAGUUAUGACCAUGGUAAAAUGCGUGGUCCAAGGCUGCCCCAACAAAAGCUACCCAAAGGCAAUCUGCGGAAGCCGGCCCCACAAGCGCUUUUUCAGUUUCCCUAAAGAUCCCGCUAGAGUUAAAGUAUGGCUGGCCGCGCUCAGAGAGACGGAUAAAGUGCCUUCGGAUGAUCACCGCAUAUGCGAAGACCACUUUCUGAAAGACCACAUCACCCCGCGGGGAGUGAGCGAAGACGCCAUCCCGAUCAUGCCCCCGUACCUGGACGGACCCCUUGCGAUGGCCGCCGGGAGCGGCUCUGACGAGCAGGGCGACCUGUCCGAUGCUGCAGACCUGCAGGAUGAAGACGCUGGAGACCGGGACGGUGGUCACCUGUGGGAGACGGAGGCUCCCGACGUGAAUGUGGUGAAUGAGUCCGGUGUCUCUGGAACUCAGACGUGGAGUGUCGAAAAGGAAGGCCCCGCAGUGAGUAAAGACGAGGCGAAGUUCUGCGCGCCCAGGUACCGCUGCGAUGUGUCGCUGAGCCGGCUCACCAAGCGCUUCAUGGAGCUGCUCCGGUCCGCCCCCAACGGCAUCGUCGACCUGAACGACGCUGCCCGCGUGCUGGGCGCCCGCAAGAGGCGCGUGUACGACGUCACCAACGUCCUGGGCGGCAUCCAGCUCAUAAAGAAGCGCAGCACCAGCCAGAUCCAGUGGGUGGGGUCAGUCCCGUGCAGCGAGCUGGACUGGAAGGAGAAGCUGAGGGAGGAGCUGCUGGAUCUGUCUGCCGUGGAGGAGGCCCUGGACGAGCUGAUCAGAGACUGCGCCCAGCAACUCUUCACGCUGACCGACCACGAGGAAAACGCCAACUCGGCCUACGUGACACAUGAAGACAUCUGCAGAAUUGAGGCCUUCCAGGAGCAGGUGGUCAUCGCCAUCAAAGCUCCCGAGGAAACCAAGCUGGAGGUCCCCACACCGAGGGAGGACGGGAUCCAGAUGCACCUGAAGGGCUCUCGGGGACCCAUCAGUGUGCUGAUGUGUGAGACGGAGAGUCAGGGUUCAGAGAAAGCUGCGGGGGGCUCCUUCUCCACACUGGAGGACAGCAAGAUUCACACAGCGCCUCUGAACAGAGGUAAGCCAGGCCUGCCCCCAUCCACCUCAAACCCUGGGCCAGAGGGAUAGAGCUGGAGAAAUCCAGAGCUUCUGCAGCC